UCAGAUGUCUAAGUGUCAAACAAAUUAAAAUUUCUGUAUAAUUUAAAAUUUAUAGGGGAAUAAUACCGAAAAUAUUAUUCUGGACCAGAAAAAUCGAACUUUGAUCGAGUAGACCCUCGUUAUGUAUUUUGUUCAGAUGUAAUUCAUAUUAGUCAUGGUUUCUACAAGGGAAAAGUAUGGGCCCCUUAUAGGGUCUAUUGAUGAAGGGACCUCCAGUACAAGAUUCUUGGUUUUUGCCUCAAAAACAGCAGAAGUUCUCACAUACCACCAAAAAGAGGUUCCUCACAUUUGUCCCCAAGAAGGAUGGUUCGAACAAGAUCCCUUGCUCAUACUUCAAGCGGUUAAACAAACCAUUGAUGUCACUUGUGAUAAUUUAAAAAAGCUUGAUAUAGAAUAUGAGGAUAUUGUGGCUAUCGGGAUCACUAACCAAAGGGAAACAACUGUUUUAUGGGAUAAAAUCACUGGGAAACCUUUAUGUAAUGCCUUAGUGUGGAUGGAUAUGAGGACUUCAAGCACAGUGGAUGAAAUCUUACAAUAUGGCAAAAAGGACAAAAAUUUCUUGCAAUAUGCUUGUGGCUUGCCAGUUAGUACCUACUUUAGUGCCUUGAAAAUAAAAUGGAUGAUGGACAAUAUUAAGGGUGUAAAAGAAGCAAUGAGAGAAGGGAGAUGCUGCUUUGGAAACAUUGAUAGCUGGCUUAUAUGGAAUUUAACUGGUGGUACCAAAGGAGGACUACAUAUAACAGACUGUACAAAUGCCUCAAGAACUAUGCUUAUGAGUAUUGAAACUUUACAAUGGGAUCCACAGUUAUGUAAAGUAUUUGGUAUACCAAUGAACAUUUUGCCAGAAAUAAGAUCUUGUUCAGAAAUUUACGGUUAUAUUGCUGAUGGACUUAAGUUGUCUGGGGUGCCCAUAUCAGGGAUUUUAGGAGACCAACAAGCGGCUCUAGUAGGUCAGCUCUGCUUUAAAGUUGGCCAAGCUAAAAGCACUUAUGGUACGGGAUGUUUUAUUUUAUACAAUACUGGAACCGGUAUGGUGUAUUCCUCCCAUGGUCUUUUAACGACUGUCGGAUACAAACUGGGGCCCCAUGCCAAUACAGUUUACGCUCUGGAAGGAUCUGUGGCUAUAGCAGGAAUAUCUUUAAGGUGGCUCAAGGACAAUUUGCAGAUUAUAAAGAGUGCCAGUGAAGCCGCUGAUGUUGCUCACGGUGUUACAGAACCUGGAGAAGUGGUCUUUGUUCCUGCCUUUUCGGGACUGUAUGCUCCUUAUUGGAGGAAAGAUGCUAGAAGUGUAAUCUGUGGCUUAACUGAAGAAACCAAACCGGGACACCUAGUAAAAGCGGCCCUAGAAGGUGUGUGCUACCAAGUGACCGACGUAUUGAAAGCGAUGUCCCUGGACUGUGGCAUUCCAUUGAAAAAACUGUUGGUGGAUGGCGGAAUGACGGUGAACGACUAUCUGAUGCAGAUGCAAGCCGAUUAUUGUGGGAUCCCGGUGGUAAGACCGACUAUGUUGGAAACGACCGCACUGGGGGCGGCAAUCGCCGCCGGUAGUGCACGGGGGGUGGAAGUUUGGAACGCCGCUAAGAUACAAGCGACCCCCAAUGAUUUGUUUAUGCCUUCGCUAAGUCCUGACGUAAGAGAUAUGAAAUACACUCGCUGGAAAAUGGGUAUUGAACGCAGCUUGGGUUGGGCAGUGGACGAUGAGAAAAAAGACAACAAAAAUUCUUAUCGUUUCUGUCUAACAGACGAUUCGGAAUGUUAUGAAGCCGAAAAAAUGAUUUCACGUUCCUUACCUGGCACCCUAUUUUUGUUUGGUACUGCAGUCAUUCUGGUACUGGCUGAAGUGUUAAACGGAAGGACUUAAUAACGCUUUUGUUAAGGGUUUAAUAUAUUAGUCAGUUAACAGUUUCGCUUUGACCUUCUUUUAUAGAGAAUGAAUAUGAAGAUAAAUUAUAAAUAUUGUACGUUGUUUUGCGGCUGUAGCUUUUGUUUAGUGAAAAGUUUCGCAAUAAAGAAAUGAUGCAACAUA